AAUGCAAUGGGGAUCAGUGUAAAUUUCCGAACGCGCCCAUUUUCACCCAAUGAAGACUGUUUCUUUUGUGACUGAUGUUGGAGACGUCAGUUUUGGGAUACAGAUGAAUAGCUGCCUCUGGGGAGUCCCCUGAAAUAUCGGAAUCUCUUCCAGCCACGAAUGCAAGAACCGACACAAAUGCACGCAGUUUAUCCCCUCAUCAUCCAUCGUUAACCCAGAAUAUGCCUAAUGUACGGAACGGUAAAUUAGCUUGGCUCGUUAGCCUGCCAUUUCUAUAGCACCGUAUUUCAAUAAAGGAAAAGCUAUCCUCGUGUAUCGAGCGCACGCAUUUUCCAAACCUAUCGACUAGACUUUACGCGGGUAUGAUCGAUUGGUGCUUCCAUUAUCUGAUACAUCGAAACGACAGUCAUAAUUUGGAUUAACCGCAACACUGUUGGACAGAGAGCUAUUGUUUGAGCCUUCACAGCAGGCGGGGUGAGGCUCCCAGAGAGUAUCCCUUUCCCGCGGAGCGAGGGGAGGAUGUGCCCCGGAGACGGAGCGUCUACAACCGCCGCUGCGGCUGCUGCAGUGGAGCUGCCGACAAAGUGAGGCGGCUGGUGGUGGACACACUGCUGGAUGACUGUGACGUCUUGUGUAUAAAAGAGUCUUGGACAAACUCAACACACUGUACCCAGACUUCCAUGUUUGUGGCAUUGCAGAUGAGAACCAAAACAUCACUGCGCAGUUAGGGAGGGAUGCCUGGUGACAGUCAUAAUAGUGAAGGGCAGGGUCCAGACUCUUCUCCCCUGCCCCAUUCUGUGAACCUGUCCAGAAGACCUCUGCGACUCUCACGCUAUGUUCCUGUAUCAGCAGCCACUUUCUUCCUGGUUGGUUCAACCACACUGUUCUUCUGCUUCACUUGUCCAUGGAUUUCAGAGCGUUUCUCUGUAGCUGUUCCCAUUUAUAAUGGCAUCAUAUUUCUGUUUGUUUUGGCCAACUUCUGUAUGGCUACAUUCACGGAUCCAGGCAUCUUUCCAAGAGCUGAGGAGGAUGAGGAUAAGGAUGAUGACUUCCGUGCUCCUCUUUAUAAAACUGUGGAGAUCAGAGGAAUCCAGGUCAGGAUGAAAUGGUGUUCGACUUGUCACUUCUACCGGCCACCACGUUGCUCCCACUGCUCUGUGUGUGACAACUGUGUUGAGGAAUUUGACCACCACUGUCCUUGGGUCAACAACUGCAUCGGCAAGAGGAAUUACAGAUACUUCUUCCUCUUCCUCCUUUCUCUGACUGCCCACAUCAUGGCUGUUUUCGGCUUUGGGUUGCUCUUCAUUUUCUAUCAUCACCACUCCAAUGAUCGCCUGCAUGUGAUUGUUACACUGGCUGUAAUGUGUGUUGCAGGCCUGUUUUUCAUUCCAGUUGCUGGUCUCACUGGUUUCCACAUUGUUCUUGUGGGAAGGGGCAGAACUACCAAUGAGCAGGUGACUGGAAAGUUCAGAGGAGGCGUUAACCCUUUUACCAAUGGGUGUUGGAAGAAUGUCACUCAUGUCCUCUGCAGUUCCCAGGCACCCAGAUAUUUGGCAAGGAAGAGGUCUGUCCACAGUGUGUGUGUGCAGCCUCCAUUUCCACGGCCACAACUGACUGAGCCUCAGCUAACCACAAAGAUCCUGGGUAAUGGUUUACGAGGAGAUCUGCACAGGUCCAAAUCAAGUCUGGAUAUGCAAGAGAGCCAAUUAUGUGAUGCUGAACUGCCUCCUUCAAAACCGGAACUCCGCUACCAUGGAAUCACAACAGGGAGCACAGAAGAUUACGAUCUACUUAACAAAACACCUCCUACUCCAACCAUGUAUAAAUACAGACCUUCUUGCAGUCCUGGAAAGAACCACAUUCCACUUACCAAUGCUUAUGCAAGCCAGUUAAGUCGAGGAAAGAGGGAUGUUAUCAGUAGGGAUUCCGCCUCAAACUCAUCCCUCAUUCAAUCCAUCCAUCAACCUGGUUUUUGCUCACAACCUAGCUUGGACCAGAGGGACACCUCUGACAGAGAGGGGGGAGUACCUGGAGAGGAGAGAAAAGAGAGUGGAGAAAGCCGAAUCUCUGACUAUUCUCGACGCUCCUACCCCUUAUUUUCUGACUCUGUCGUCCUGUCAGGAGUUGCUUCACAAUCCUCUGGUUCCAUGCAAACCUCAGCAUGUAAUGCCCAGGUCUCUGAAACAACCACUACCUCAAGCAGCUUCAAAAGCUUAGCUAAUCAGAGUCCUCCACCUCCCCACCUAGCUCAUAACGGAAAUCUGUCAUGGGACAGCUUAAUGGCUGCAAAAGAUGGUUUUGACAAAGGGGCGCCAUCAAGAUUGAACAUUUCUGAGAUUUCAUCCAGAAGACCCUGCUCUCCAGCGGAAGGUGGCUACAUCUCCUCCUUUCAUUCUUCAAAACUGAGAGAUGCUGAAAUGCAUUGCCAGUCUCCCAAGCAUCAUAACCCCCUACUGCAUUGGUCAGCCACUUCCACAUGCUCCUCUCCUCCAGAGAGAGAGCAUCUGUUGGUGGAACCACAGCAAAGCAAUCGCCCAUUGCCUUUCUGCCAAUCUUUUGUGCCACCUCCUUCCGCUGCUCAACAUCCACCACACCAUCACCACCAACGUCGUUCCCAUCAUCAUCAUCAUCACAAUCAUCAUCAUUCUCACCAUCAUCACCACCAUUCAUCAAGUGCCCACCCUUCUUGUUUCAUUGCUCCUCACCUGCCCCAACAUUCCUACCCACACCGAGCAUACUCCAGUGAUAUCCCUUUGGGUUUGACAUCAUCUUCUAAAAAACACCCUUCCCACUCCCCACACCCCCCACCUCUCGGAAAAUCACUGUCCUACUCAAGUGCCGCUGCUGCUGAAAUGCAGUACAAGCUAAUUCGAAAGGUCUCCUCAGAAGCUGGAGCAAAUGGAGAAGUCAUAGCCGGAGGAAUGGUGGGAGGAAUACAAGCACCAAAAUUUCCUGUGAGUUGCUUUCUUUCAAAAUUAUAUUUGCUUGUGUGAGGUUUGCCUAAGUGUUAUCUGUAAAAACAGUGACAGGUUUAAAACAGUAACCAAUCCUUUGACAAUUAAUUAUUUUACACCAGUGACUCUUCCAUCAUCAAUGGCAUAUAUCCAUAAAUUUAUCAUAUUGUGUAACUUUUACCCUGGUGUCAUGGAGGUCAGGGGUGGUGUAAAACUUUGACACUCUCUUUAUGCUCAGCGUCUGGGGUUCUGUCUGGGUUUCCACGCCCUGCAGCCGUGAUUUAAAGCAGUGAGCGGAAGUACGUCAUUACACCGCACAUUAUAUUGUGUCGAUUGUAGCUGAUGUGCCUACCUACAAAUGUUCCACUGGGUCCUAAUCCCCUUCCCAUUACACUAGCCUCUGUUUUGAAUGGUCACCAGACCUAAACACCCACAUGGGUGUUUGCUUCUUGACCACCCACAGGACAACAUUAACUGGUUUACUGACCUCAGGAGACGAUACAUAUGCUGUCCAGCGGCGGUUCUUUGGGACCACCUUUGAGUCACACACAGAUCAGUGGCGGCAGUCUCACUCGCGCUUAUGCCUGGACUGUUCUGGUGGUUAUGAUUGACUGUGGGCAGUGAAAUACUUAUCUGUUCAGGGCCACGCGCAUUAACAGUCAAUGCUUGGGGUUCAGGGGUAAGAAGGGAGGGAGCCCUGACUCGUUGUGGCCCUGUUUCAAGAAUGAUGACAGCUUCGGUGUCGCUUUGGUCAGAUGAUUCUGGGUGCAUUAGUUGGGGGUGGUCAUGUGGCAGUGUCACUCGCGCAGUGUCACUCACUCUUAUGCCUGGACCGUUCUGGUAGUUAUGAUCAACUGUGGGCAUUGAAAUACUAUCUGCUCAUGGCCACAAGCUUUAACAGUCAAUGCUUGGGGUUUAGGGUGUCAAACGUGCACUUUUCAAUAAAGUGCCUCCAGCUCCCCAGUCUCUUCUAGUGUAGCCCCUCUCAGGGUGGGCUGACACUAUGAUUGGUAAUCCAUCUUCUCCUGGUUGCUCGGCAGAAAAUCUUCCAUCCUUUUCGAUGGCUUCCUUUACUUGCGUCGAGAGGCUUUCCGCCUCGAUCGACGGGUUAGAUCCCACUAUAUAGUCGGUCCAUUUCUGAGGCCACUUCUCCAAGCCUCCUCCAUACAGUAUCACGCAUACUGGUUCUUUGUGUCGUCCUAGAGGGUCUGGAUUGCCUGGUUCCUUCUGUAGGAUGACCAGAUUCUGGGUCCGUUCCUCUAACACUGCUAGCCAUCUCUUCCGUGAAUAGCAGUGUUUUCAGUUGUAGGGUUGACCUGUCUCCUCUCAAAGCCUAUCCGUGCGCAAUCGGAAUAGGGACGAUACAGCUCCUAGUUACUCAGCGGCGCCUUUUGCGUCGCCUCUACUCAGAACACCAAUGUGAGAUCUCCUGCCUCACCUAUUGAUGCUCUCAACGGCGGGAUGCACUUUUUAUCUUUUGAUUAUCCCACCCAGUCACUCUACUGACAGAAUACUCUAACAAGGGUACAUUCAACAGCAAAUUGCAAUUCAAACAUUAUUGUAGCGAACAGAAAGUGACGGCUAAUCAUCAGCCCUCAGCCCCUCAGCCUUCCAAUUCUGGGGAACCUGUAAGUCACAGACGAUUGCCAACAAUCAAAAAUCAUGAACCAGACAAGCCGUAAGAGGAUCGUAUUGACCGGUCGUCUUUCUCCUGUACUGUAAAAAUCCUCACUACCCUCGUUCAGCUUCAACUGUUGUACUCAACGGAAAAAGUAACAAUAUAAUAGGGGAAAACGAAAAGAAAAAGAAAAAAGAGGAAAGGAGUGAGAAAGAAAAAGAAAAGAAAGGAAAUAAGAAAAGAAAAGAAGAAAUAAAUUAUAAUAAUAAUAAAAUAAAAAAAAUAAUACAAAUAAAAAUUAAAAAUAAAAAUUAAUUCAAAUAAUAAUAAUUUGUAAUCCACCAAAUGAAUACAGCAACAACAAUUGUAAUCCACAAUGCUUCGGGAGACGAAAAUGUUGUAAUCCACUUCGUUCAGGAACAAAAUAUUUUGUAAUCCACUCAGCGUUGGGAAACAAAAAGGUUGUAAUCCACUUGUUCAGGAACAAAAAAAUUGUAAUCCACUCAGCGUCGGGAAACAAAAAGGUUGUAAUCCACUUGUUCAGGAACAAAAAAGUUUGUAAUCCACUCAGCGUCGGGAAACAAAGAUUGUAAUCCACUUGUUCAGGAACAAAAAAAAUUUGUAAUCCACUCAGCGUCGGGAAACAAAAAGAUUGUAAUCCACUUGUUCAGGAACAAAAAAAAUUGUAAUCCACUCAGCGUCGGGAAACAAAAAAAUUGUAAUCCACUUGUUCAGGAACAAAAAAAAUUGUAAUCCACUCAGCGUCGGGAAACAAAAAGGUUGUAAUACAUUUGUUCAGGAACAAAAAAGUUUGUAAUCCACUCAGCGUCGGGAAACAAAAAGAUUGUAAUCCACUUGUUCAGGAACAAAACAUUUUGUAAUCCAUUUAGCGUCGGGAAACAAAAAGGUUGUAAUCCACUUGUUCAGGAACAAAAAAAAUUGUAAUCCACUCAGCGUCGGGAAACAAAAAGAUUGUAAUCCACUUGUUCAGGAACAAAAAAAAUUGUUAUUUGCUGAUUGAAACUGCUAAUUAAACUGUGAAUUGAAACUAAUAGGAAGAAAACAUAUCUCGCUCUUAAUAUAGCUGACGUGUCUUGCGCAUACGUUCUGUGCAUCUGUAAUGGCGGCCUCCGUAUGACGUCCGGUCCGCGAUGGAGAUUAAAAACAAACAAUAUUUGACAAUAACACACCAUCAAGGAUUGCACCAUCGCAUCAAACGAUGUGUCGUCAAUUAUGGAUUUUUUUGACUAAGUGUGUUGGGCACGAUGGCUGAAUGCGAUGCGCGAUUGACAACAAACAAGAAGAAAGGUGAGUUUUAUUUCGGGGGAGAUUUGUCAUGUCUCGUCCCCAGUUUUGCUAUGUGUCUAGGUUGCCAUAGUUUCUGUUCGCGUCGCCCCUCUCUUCCUGUGUCACCUCAAUCGAUGUAACGUGUUUUGUAUUUAAGUCCUGUCUGCCCCUCGCUCACCGUCGGAUCAUUGCAUGUGUUACUGUCAUGAUGUCUGUUUGCUUUCUGUUCCUGUCUUUGGUAAUGUCACCCUGUCUUUUUGUUCCACGACUUUGUCGGUCAGUCCUGUUGUUGGUUUUGUUUUCUA